AUGUUAACAGCAGCCAACCGCCAGCGAGCCGCGGAAUUAGGCCUCCAUGACCAAACAAAUCUCCUGGGGAAGAAACAACUGGUCAUCGUGUUCUCUUCGUUGGCAUCGGCACUCUUCAUCUGCUACGCUGAUCAAAAUGGCAUUGGUACCAUUCUUCCGACAGUCGGACGAGAUUUCACGGCCACAGACACAAUCUCAUGGGCAGGCACAUCCUCUCUCAUCUCCAAUACGGUCACGCAAGUCAUGUAUGCCAGAAUUUCAGACAUUUAUGGACGCAAGCCAGUGUUCUUGUGUUCUGUAGGCAUGCUAGUAUUGGCAGAUAUUCUUUGUGGCGUGGCGCCGGACGCGCCGAGCUUCUACUUCUUCCGCGCACUUGGUGGCAUUGCAGGCGCUGGUAUCAAUUCUUUGACCAUGAUGAUCAUCUCUGACAUCGUUACGCUGGAAGAGCGAGGAAAAUGGCAAGGUUUCUUGGGCGCCGGCAUAGGAGGUGGCAAUGCAGUAGGUCCACUUCUCUCUGCUGCAUUCGCUCUCCACCAGACAUGGCGGGCGUUCUUCUGGUUCCUUGCCCCUUGUGGUGCCAUUGCAGGUGUGAUUGGAUGGCUCUACCUCCCUUCAACGAUGCCGAAGGGCAAUGCAAGACAACAAUUCCAGCUGAUUGACUGGGGAGGGAUCAUGACCGCUACAGUUGCUAUUGUGCUGAUCCUCAUCCCGCUUUCUGGCGGUGGAUCGUACUUCGAAUGGUCCUCACCGCUGGUCAUUUCCAUGCUUUCCGUCGGUGGUCUGUCUUUGCUGGCCUUCCUUUUCGUUGAGUGGAAAGUUGCGCGCCUGCCGAUGAUGCCACUGGGCAUGUAUACCAAUCCACCUGUCGCGGCGAUCCUGGCUCAGAACUUCUUUUUCGGAAUGGUGUACUACUCGAAUCUCUAUUACAUUCCACUAUAUAUCCAGAACGUUCGAGGAUGGGACGCAACUAUCUCUGCCGCUUUCCUCAUUGUGAUCAACGUCCCACAAUCGAUAGUCAGUACCCUUUCUGGCAUCUUCAUCUCACGGUACAAGCGCUACGGGGUCGUGAUCUGGACGGGGUUUACCAUUUGGGCAGUUGGGGCAGGACUGAUUUGCAGUUUUACGCGGACGACACAUGCUGCUGCUGUCGCUGUCAUGCUGUCGAUCUCCGGCAUCGGAGCUGGCUGCGUCUUUCAACCCGUGCUGAUAGCCUUGCAAGCGCACUGUUCAAAAGCACAACGAGCGGCUGUUGUAUCUAACCGAAAUUUCCUUCGGAGUUCCGGAGGCGCAGUCGGACUCUCUAUCUCGGCACAGGUCUUACAAAGCUCACUUCGAAACCACCUCUCACCCCAGCUCGCGAGCGUUGCGCACAACACCUACGCCCUCCCAACUUUGAGUCCUGCUGAUGAGGACUAUAUGAGGACGGCCUACAUGGCGGCCAUCAGGACGGUUUUCAUCGUUUUGGCCCCUAUGAUUGGCCUUUGUCUGGGUCUUUGUCUAUUCAUCAAAGACCGUGGGCUGCAGCGACCGGAAGAGCGUGAGCAGGCGAGGAUUGUGGAAGCUGCAGCGGCUGCUGAAAAGGUGCAGGAGACGCACAAGCCGCAGCAGCAAGAGCAACAGCAAUCAGUCGAGAAAGACAGGACUGAGUCGACAGUUCCAGUAGAUGGAGAAGACAAGGCCAGAGACACAAGAGCAGAGAAGCCGAUGCGAGUUAAACGAUAG